GGAGCGGCCUGUGGAACAGCCGGUGAACGUGCUGACACCUGGAAACAGCUGUUCGUUAACACCCCUUACGCCCCCAAUCGUCCACCAACCAUCAUGGUCGUUCCAGAUUGAUGUAGCCGUCGAAAAUGACAUUUGUUAGAUGAAAGAGAUUAAACUGGCGUGCCUAUACAAGUACCAUCCAUUCGAAGAAAAAUCAGCGGCAAGGACAACGCAGUUAAACCUCACACUUCUUCCCUAUGUCUGUUUCUCGAAAUGCUGAUCGUGUAAUUUUGUAAUACGCGAAUGUUAUCCUACGCCUCUUGUCCUGUGCAAGUGGAAUUCAGCGGUUUAUUAAAACUCUGUUCAAACUGGUGUUGCAUCCACGAGAAAUGAAACAAUGAUGCCGAUAAAGGACAAUCAAGAUGUGGCAUGCUUUUUAGUUACCAAGCAUUCUACAUGGAAGGGAAAAUACAAACGUAUUUUCUCCAUUGGCUCCAUGGGAAUAACAACAUACAAUCCUGGCACAUUAGAAGUCACAAACAGAUGGGAGUAUUCCGAUUUCAUAAAUGUCCAGCCAGUAAAUAAAAGUCAAUUAGGCUCCCAUGAAUUUAUCAUAACUGUACGCAAGGAGCGGAAAAAUGAUACCAUGAAGUUUAGCUCUGAACAUAGAUCACACCUGCUGACGGAAGCACUUAAAUACAGAAACCAAUUUGAAAAAUCUAAAGAAAUCUUGAGAUAUCAAGCUUAUAAACAUCAUUGGUCUGAUACAAGAUUACCUAUUGUAUUAGAAAUAACACCAUAUAGUCUUGAUCAAUUGGAUCCUGCGACAAAUAUGGUGUUAGCUAGCUAUUGUUAUAAAGAUUUUGAAGGGCUUCUGACAAUGAAAGAUUAUCCCAAUGGAUUUGUGAUUGUAUGCGGUGGGUUUGGUCGUCUACAUCUUUUUGCUUCUACCCAUAUGGAAGAGAUAAAGAAGAGAUUGCAAGAAGCUGCACUAAAUAAUUUAGGCAUUAAUAUAAAAAUGUUGAAGGAGCCUAUAAAACUCGACGACUUUAUUGCUCAAAGAUUAGGAAAGUUUAGCGGCGAUGAGCAUAUAACGAGCGUUUCGGAAUUUAAUGUACACAAAAUCUCCUCCAGGCAUUUGGAUCCACAAAGAAGAACGCUUUGUCUUUCGGACACCUGCCUAUUGGAAAGAGAUCCUCAAACAUAUAAUAUUUGUACUCUUAGACCAUUAUCGGACAUUUUUACCUUGAUUCGUGAUAACGAUAAUCCUCAACUGUUUACCAUACAAUAUCUUAAUGGUCAAACGCGCAGUUAUACUGCAACGAAUAGAGAUUCCUUAUUAGCAUCUUUACUAGAUGGUGUAAGAGCAUCUGGUAAUAGAGAUGUCCAUGUAAAGAUGUAUCCUAUAGCCAGAGGUAAAAGACUCGGACCUUUCAAUCUAUCUGUUGAUGAAGAAGUCGAAACGACGCAUGUUAAAUUUCUUCAACAACCACCUGGAGGACGUACGUUUGCUGAAAUUCUGGACAGAUUUAAUGCAAAUAUACCAUAUAGUGGUCUUAAUUAUUCCACUACUCAAGAUGAAGUUGUACCGCUUGAAUGGACUGUAACAACGUUACAACUCCAAGUACAUCGUAUCACAAAUGAUUACUUACAGGGAAUCUUUACUGAAAAUAAAGACAAGAUUAUCCUUGGAGCUUUGAAUACUUUAAUCAGCAAAGAUUUGGAAACAAACAGCGAGAUCGAGGCACAAUUUCAUGCACUACGAAGAUUGGUGGCUAAUAAGAUUGGCUUUGCUGCAUUUACAACACUUUCUGGUUUUAGAGAAGCUGUUGGCACAAAAGUUGUAAAGGCUUUAAAGAAACAAAAUUCUGGUGUAACACAAGCUGCCAUAGAUUGUAUUUGUGCUCUGAUGCAGCCUAUGCAUGAUGAUUGUGAUUUAAGACAAGAACAAUUGAACAAAAGUAGCUUGCUCAGUAGUAAUAAAUUUUUAGAAAGUUUGCUCGAAAUGUGGGUUAAUCACAUUAAUCAUGGCACAGGUGCAUUGGUAGUCUCUGCUAUGCUCGAUCUUUUAACAUUCGCCCUAUGUGUACCAUACAGUGAAACGACUGAUGGUAAACAUUUUGACAAUCUUUUAGAAAUGGUUGCUACAAGAGGCAGAUCUCUAUUUAAAUUAUUUCAACAUCCUUCACUGGCUGUGGUCAAAGGUGCUGGAUUAAUAAUGCGUGCUAUCAUUGAAGAAGGUGCACCAGAAGUAGCAGCAAAAAUGCAAGAAUUAGCACUCGCGGAAGGGGCUCUACCAAGACAUUUGUUAAAUAGUUUAUUUACUGUUGGUAGUGAUAGUAGACUCUUAACGCAUCGACAAUUAUGCCGACAUCUAGUAGGUUUAUGGGUCACGGGACAUCCCACAGCUAUGGGAUUAUUAAAACGAAUUAUGCCAGUCGGCUUGUUGAAUUAUUUGGAUUCUGAUGAAAAGGUACCAGAGUCAUUUCUUGAAGAAGAGAGAUUGAACAACCGUGACAAUUUAAAAAUAGCAAUAGAUCAUGCAUCUAGAAAUAAAAAGAGCCCACAAUGGAUUGCUAUCGAACGUCAGAUGCGAGUAGUUGAAAAGCAUGUAGAAAACGCUCUACAGCAUUGGGGUGCUCGUAUUGGAAUAGAGCGAAGAGAAAAAAUUAAAGAACGUCCGAUAGUCUUGAGAAAACGUCGAGAGAGAAUUAAAUCUGAAGCAAAUUGGAAAUUAUUCUAUUAUAAAUUUAAUCAAAAUCAUGCACUGCCAAACUUGAUUUGGAAUCAUAAAACAAGAGAAGAGUUGAGAAUAGCACUGGAAAAUGAGAUACGUGCGUUUACUUUGGAUAAAGAUUUGGCUGGUGGAACUUUGAUUGCAUGGAAUCAUAGAGAAUUUGAGGUACAAUAUCAAUGUCUCUCGGAUGAAGUUAAAAUUGGAGAUUACUAUUUGAGGCUUUUGUUAGAAAAAGAUAGUCCAGACAGCCCGAUAAGAAAAUCAUACGAGUUUUUUAAUGAUUUAUACCAUAGAUUUUUAUUGACUGCAAAAAUCGAAAUGAAGUGCCUUUGCUUGCAAGCAAUGACGAUAGUGUACGGUCGGUAUUACGAGGACAUUGGUCCAUUCUCAGAUACAAAAUAUAUAUUGGGAAUGUUGGAGCGCUGCUUAGAUAGAACGGAACGCGAUAGGCUAGUUAUGUUCGUAAAUAAGCUCAUAUUGCAUAGACGAAAUGUCAAGGAUAUAAUGGAUCAAAACGGAGUACGAACUUUAGUCGAUUUAUUGACAUUAGCACAUUUACAUACUUCUCGAGCAGUUGUGCCAGCGCAAACUAAUGUGAUAGAGGCAGGCCCGCAGCAAGAACGAAUGGAAAAGGAAUGGUAUUACAAUAACGGAGACCAACGUGAAGGACCGAUAAGCUUAAGAGAUCUAAAAGAAUUGUAUAGUUCGAAUCAUGUGACUUAUAAGACAAAAGUUUGGGCACAGGGAUUAGAUGGAUGGAAAACAAUUUCGCAAGUGCCGCAAUUAAAAUGGAGUCUCGUUGCGAAAGGAACUCCCGUAAUAAAUGAAAGUGAACUGGCUAAUUUAAUCUUGAAUAUCUUAAUUAAGAUGUGCGAAUAUUUUCCAAGUAGAGACGCCGAUGAUGCGGUGAUCAGACCGUUACCACGCGUGAAGCGAUUAUUAUCCGACCUUCAGUACCUGCCACAUAUUGUACAGCUUUUGCUAACGUUUGAUCCGAUUCUAGUUGAAAGAGUCGCCACGUUGUUAUGCGAAAUAAUGCGAGAUAACGCGGAUGUAUCGAAGAUUUAUCUUACUGGCGUAUUUUAUUUUAUCUUAAUGUAUACUGGUUCCAAUGUCUUACCAAUCGCAAGGUUUUUACAGCUUACGCAUACAAAACAAGCCUUUAGGAAUGACGAUAACACCUCUUCAGAUAUUAUGCAACGAAGUAUUCUCGGUCAACUAUUACCCGAUGCAAUGGUGAGUUAUUUGGAAAAUCAUGGGGCGGAGAAAUUUGCGCAGAUAUUUCUCGGAGAUUACGAUACGCCGGAAGCAAUUUGGAACGCAGAGAUGCGACGAAUGCUUAUUGAAAAAAUUGCUGCGCAUAUCGCAGAUUUUAGCCCCAAAUUACGAAGUCAUACCAUGGCCAGGUAUCAGUAUAUCGCUAUACCUGCUAUAAGAUAUCCGCAAUUGGAGAAUGAAUUGUUCUGCCAGAUAUUUUAUCUCAGACAUCUUUGUGAUACCGUUAAAUUUCCACAGUGGCCUAUUCCAGAACCCGUGCAAUUAUUAAAAGAUGUAUUAGACGCAUGGAAGAAAGAAGUAGAAAAGAAACCACCUUUGAUGACUGUGGAUGAAGCUUACAAGCAACUCGGCUUAUCUGUUGGAAAACAACAUGACGGAGCGAUCGUUAGAAAAGCAUUUUAUAAGUUAGCUCAAAUGUAUCAUCCCGACAAGAAUCCUGAGGGGAGAGAUAAAUUCGAAGCUGUUAGUCAGGCGUACGAAUUUUUAUGCAGUCGCAGUUGUUGGUCGACUACUGGUCCUAAUCCUGACAACAUUGUUUUGAUUCUAAGGACUCAGAGCAUACUUUUUCAUAGAUAUACGGAUGAACUUAGACCUUACAAGUACGCCGGUUAUCCUCAGCUAAUCAAGACGAUAAAGCUAGAGACAGACGACGAACGAUUAUUUUCCAAAUCUGCCCCAUUACUAGCAGCUGCGAGCGAACUCGCAUAUCAUACGGUGCAUUGUUCAGCCUUAAAUGCCGAAGAAUUGAGAAGAGAGGGUGGUUUAGACGUAUUAUUGGAAGCAUAUACGCGAUGCGUGUCUGUCUUGAGCAACUCGAGUAAACCCACUGACGUAGCGGUGCAAGUUUGUAUGCAUAUCACUAGAUGUUUCGCUGUUGCUGGAUCGUUCCGAGGAUGUAGAGAUAAGAUAAUUGAAUUGCCGCAACUCGUAAAAGACCUUUGCAGAAUAUUGCACUUUAAGCAUUUAACAAAAUUAUGUGCGGUUGCCACGGAAUGUAUUUCAUCUCUUGCUACAGAUAGUAUAUUACAAAUGCAAUUAUUACAAUCUGGUGCUUUGUGGGAUCUGUUGCUCUUUAUGUUUAACUAUGAUUACACGUUAGAGGAAGGUGGCGUGGAAAGAAAUCAGGAUGAGAAUCGUCAAGAAGUGGCCAAUAAUUUAGCUAAAUUAGCAGUUCGCGCUUGCGCUAGAUUAGGCGGUUACAUGAAGGGAGAAAACGAGACGCCUGUUAAUCCCGUUACCGUUGCUGCCCUAGAAAGCUUGUUAACGCCCUACCUAGCACGUCAGCUUGUUAAAGAUAAGCCUGAAGAGAUUUUAAAAAUAUUAAAUUCUAAUUGUUCAAAUCCAUAUUUAAUCUGGGACAAUGGCACCAGAGCGGAAUUAAAUGAAUAUUUAGAAGCGAAACAGCAAGAGAGAUUAAAUAAUAGCGAUAACUUUGAACAUGAUUUUAGCGAUUUCAAAUAUACUGCUCAUGCCGAUGAAUUAGUAAUCGGUGAAAUAUUUGUGAAAGUAUAUAAUGAACAACCAGUCUAUCCAAUUGAGAACCCAAAAAGUUUUACGAUAAAUUUGCUCGAAUUUUUAUUAUUGUCUUCGGAAUACUUGACAUCUUUAGGAAGUAUUCCUCAAAGUAAAAAAGAUCAAGAGAAAUUGGAGCACAUUGUUAUGGCGCUUAGAGCACUGAAUAAUGUUAUCAAAAAUAAUCCUGGAAUUGAAUUGCAGUGUAUGGGACAUUUUAAAUUGCUAUUUGGACUUUUGAAUUGUAAUAACUUUAAAUUAAUUCAAAAGAGCGCUCUAGAAAUAAUCAGUAAUGUUACAAAAAAUCAGGAAUGUGUUGAUGACAUAGCCGCGAAUGAAGUUGUAGUGCAUUUAUUGUUAUGUUUGCACAGCCUAAAGGAAUGUCAGCUUCUUGCGUUAGAAACUUUAUAUGCACUGAUGAGUUCUACUAAAAUCGUAAAAGAUGCAAUAGCAAAAGGAGCUGUUGUGUACAUUCUCGAUCUGUUUUGUAAUUCGAGUAAUGUUCAAAUAAGAGAAGCAGCAGCUGAGUUACUCGCGAAAAUGUCAUCCGACAAAUUAGCCGGACCAAAAGUUAAACUUGAUUUAUCGAAAUUUUUGCCGAGAUUAUUCAGCGAAGCUAUUCGCGAUGCACCCAAACAAUGUGUACACAUGUUUGAAACGAAGCAUGAAAAUCCUGAAUUAAUAUGGGAUGAUGAUGCAAAAGCUAGAGUAGCGAGAAUUAUUGCCGAAUUAAAAGACGAAUACCAUGCAUUACAAAGACGGAAUCCUAACGCCAUAUUAAAGUUACCUGAUACACAGAAUAAUGUCGACAUCGCGACCAACGAACCUGUCGUAGGUGGAGUAUAUCUUAGAUUAUUCAUAGCCAGUCCUGCUUGGGCACUUAGGAAACCAAAAGAAUUCUUAAGUGAACUGAUGGAUACCACACUAAUGCUGAUGUCCAAGGAAAAGACUGAUACGGAUAUGUUGGAAUUAACGACCCAGGCUCUUGUAUGUUUACUCCAAGCACAACCUACUUUGGCAGACCAAGUACCAUCCUUGGGUCAUAUACCGCGUCUUUGUCGACAGAUGGCUAUCCAAAACAGUCAGCCAUCAGUAUAUAAAACAGCUAUAUUAAUUCUACAUCAAUUAGCUACGAGCGAAAUUUGUAUCUCGUCCAUAUGUCAAACAGAUUGUAUAAGCCCGUUAAAGCAUGCGAUGCAAUCGAGAAGAGACAUGAUUGCAGUGGCAUGUGAAACAUUGAACAGAUUAUUUUCGACAAAUGAAGAUAGACUUAUUAAGCAGGCAUUGGACGCCGAAAUGGUACCAUAUCUUUUAAAUAUAUUAGAAGGACGAUUAGAUAUUGUUGAGAAUCCUGCCACAACUAAAGCACAAAUAGUAAAAGCUUUAAAAGCCAUGACAAAAAGUUUACUUCUUGGUGAAAAAGUUAAUGCUAUUUUGGAAAAAUCGAGUGUAUGGGCCGAGUAUAAGGAUCAACGACAUGAUCUGUUUAUUUCUAAUAAUACCAAUUCUGGUUAUCUUACAGCGGCAACGCCUGUAUCCGCUGGCUACUUAACAGCGGGGCCAAGUGCAACUUUGACCGCGGGCCCCCCACCGGUAGACAAAGAAGAUAAUUUAAUUAAUAGAAAUGAUAGCAUCUGA